CCGGUUCCUCGACACUCGACACACUCCAGUCCAUUCCACUCUCUAUCUACUGCCUACUGCCUACAUCCACUCUCUCUCUCUCUCUCUCCCCCUCGAAUCGACACCGCUCGUUGCCUCUCGCCUUCUAAUUUUAACCCUCCACGUCACCCCUGCUGCCCUGCUGCAGUCCUGCUGCUGCCUCCCCGUGGCUUAGCGGGCCAUCCUUGCCCCCACGUCAUCUUCGUGAAACCAACUCCUCGUUCUCCCGCCUCUUCCAUUCAUUCUCGCUGCAUCUUCGCCGACCCGUUACGACGACGACGACGUCUUCGAUACCAGCAUAUCAGCCCUUGGCACAGGACAUGCCGAUCGGGAGAUCACACCGACUGUACUGUUAAUGUUCACGGUCGGCUUGACACGAUCGGAUCUAUGAGCAAUGGCGCGCCAGUUUCAGCCGUAUGAGCCGGAGCUUCACAAGCUCUCCUCUCCGAAUUCCGAAACCCCCAGUUCUCCCUUCCCCCGUGGGGAGACACCCUUAUCCUUCAAGACGAAUGUGAACCGGUCCAAGACGAAACGAUGGGUGGAAGCGAAGAAGUAUUCCUAUGAUGGCAACGACUGGGGAGACGAUGAAUAUGACGAGUAUGACGAUGAUGAUGGGCCACCGCCCCCAGUACCAGCAGUUCCCAGCUCGAAUCAGAGCACCGGCGAUAUCCCAGGCAUGUUCACUCGGGGCAUGGCAAGGCCGCCGCUCCCCUCGAUGGAUCGCUCGCGGUCCCUGGAUCAUGUGGCCACGCUGGACGCUGCCGCUGCCGACAGCCGUAGCCGGUCUGUAGAUCGCACCGCGACCGAUCCCAAUAACCGCACCGUCCCUAUUGUGCGCCCGGCGGAAAUCUACAAGCGGAUCAGGGCGGAAAGUGCAACGCGACCGCAACCUCCGGCCGACUAUUUCGCUCUGAAUCCGUCGGGGGCGGGGCCUCCCGUCCCUGAGUCGGCGUCUCAGGAUAUCCCGUCUGCCUCGCGCGCACCGGAGGCAGCGGGUGCCCCCGACGAUCAUCCACUCCACCAGGCCCAGGGGAGCUCCAAACCGUCAGAUGUUGAGGGCACUCCCAAGGGAUCCUAUUCUUCUGAAACACGGGGGAGUGACCCUCCCGGCAUCAAACUGCCCGAUGUGAAGCGUCUCUCUGGCUUUAGCCCGGACCUCUCGUUCGGUCCCGCCCUCCAGACCCAGACCCAGGACGAGGCGGAGCCGGGCCAUCAGCUGCAGCACAAUCCGUCCUUGGGGUUCCGGUCCGUAGUACAUCAGGCGUUCGAUGUGCCCGACACACCUAGCAGCACCGUCGAUAGCGUUGGCCGGUCCAAUAGCGAUAGCACCUCGGUGAUCAGCCCGAUCAUUGCACAACGCAACCCCAGCGAGACGAAGACGCCGACGAUUGUAGAGGAGCCGGAAAGUAUCACGACCCCAAGCGAUGCGCGGGGAAGCAUGGUGUUCAAGCCCGGUCAUCGUCGUGAUCUCAGCCUUCCGAGCCCAAAUAACAGCCCUUCCCGGACACCGGUCGUGACCAGUGUCCAAGGCGCUCCUCUGUCCGCCGCAGGCGAGAUGACGUCGGACUCGCCCCUGAAUCUCUACUCAACCUCCCCGAAAGCUGCGGUGCAGCUGCCCGAGGCCGGGAGGGAUCUUCCUGCCCCCCUCAGCGUCGGGACCAGCCACAUGACGUCCGAGCCUAUAAUCACCGCCGAUGAUGGGGUCCCUGUGGUCAUUCCGUCCCUAAGUACGGACAACUCUCCGCAGGACACCGAGAGCGACCGGCUGAGGAAGGAAAUCAUGCGAUCCUUGAGCCGCGAAAACACUCCUUCGCAGGAACUCGAAAACCCCGUCGAGUCCCAGUCGGAAGCACGACAGGACAGUCUGAUCCCCAGCGAAUACGAGCGGUACUGGAGUGAAGAGCCCCUCUCGAGUCCCCAGGGGGCUACGCCAGAAUACAGCACUCCCCCGAUCAUCCCCGAUGCACCUCCACCGGCCCUGGAUUCUGCUGCCGCGCCCGCGAGACCGAAACUCGGGCGGCGAUUCUCCUGGGAGUCAUCUUCGUCUGGGGGACCUACCCCGGAGGCUGACGUUCCCGCCACAGAGGCCGGUGUUCUUGCCACGGAGACUGGUGUUCCUGCGACGGAGACUGGCGUCCAAUCGCCCGCUGCCCCCAUGCCUGGGCAGUUCCCCGUCCCCAGCGAGAACGAAGCGCAGCCGGAGGAGACAAUUCCCAACUACGAGCAGGUUGUGGAGGAGAGCGCGGAAAGCGAAGAGCCACCGCCGGAGAAGCCCAAGCUGAGCAUCGUCCCUCCCAUCCCGGACAACCGCAGCAUUAUCUCGGACGGCCAACUGCCGGAAGUCUACAAUGCGGAGGCCAUCCCGGACUCUCACGCUGAUGAAGGGCCUGUGGCUGGCUCCGACCGACGGGCUUCCCGCAUCAUGUUUACUACGCCCACAACCACCGAACCGAUCUUGCUCGGCUUCCGUGAGAUUCUGGGGAUGAAGACGUCGGAGGACCGCGUGCGGGCGUUCAACGAGAACCGGGCGAAGUUCGGGACGAUCGACACGGGGCUGAACCAGUGGCUCUCGAUGACAGUGCAGGCGCAUCCGGAGCACAAGGACGUGGUGGAGAAGAGCAUGAAGCAGACGCCCGGCGGGGUGGUCAAGGCCCCCGUGUCGCGUGGCAAGUUCCCGAAGAAGCUGGCGUCGCUGGGCAACUUCGCAUCGUCGCAUCCGGAUGGAUCACCAUCUGGGUCGGGCCACGUGCGACGGCCAUCGGCGCCGUUGGGGGCGAUGAUGAACAAGCAGCAGGUGGAGCAGCGCGGCAAGGAGCUUCUACACUCGGCGGGCGUGCUGGGCGGGCGCGCAGGCGAGGCGGCCAAGGGAUUCUUUGCGCGCGGCCGCAGUAAGCUGAAGGGCAGUGGGAAUAAUGACAAGGUAGAUUCAUAAUCUCUUUUCCGAUGAUGGGCGGCACGGCGGGUUUAUCUUUAUGUUUUUUUCUCUUUGGAUGUGAUUGAUGUGUUGGUUUGUUGGUUGAUACCAUGGUGUAAUUGGACAUAUCUCAGUGCUUCAGAAUGCGACAUGAAUGAUGUCUCAACUCGACUCGACUCGACUCGAUUGUGACUCUAUC